CUUGGAAAUACGUUACUUCUUCUCUUAUCACAGUAACAUAAUGGAAAAUUUAAUGCUUACCCUAAGUGGUUGGCCUCGUUCCUUUCAAACCCAUACCAUAUUUAUGUAGCAUCAAAUUCAACCAAUUAUCCAACCAAACUCAAUUUGCACCAUUUCUUUACACAAAAAAUAACCAAUUUGUUGUAUCAUAAUAAUGGAGAAGGGAAUCGGUGUUGAAUUAGCUACAAGGUCUUCUAUUGAAAUGAGAAAUUCAGUUGAUGAUGAUGAGGAUUUAGACUGCAAGGUUUCAUUUCUAAGGAUUGUGGAGACUUUCCUGCGGUUGUUCACUAUUGGUUUGUGUGUGACAGCUCUUGUUAUUAUGCUUAAGAAUUCUGAGGAAAAUGAGUAUGGUUCUGUUGCUUAUUCUGAUCUUGGUGCUUUCAGGUAUUUGGUGCAUGCCAAUGGCAUUUGUGCAGGAUAUUCACUAUUCUCAGUUGUCAUUGUUGUUAUGCCACGCCCUUCAACCAUGCCUAGAGCUUGGGCUUUCUUUUUGCUUGACCAGGUGUUAACCUACAUAAUCCUGGCUGCUGGAGCUGUAUUAUCAGAGGUUCUAUACCUUACUGAAAAGGGACUCCCUACAGCAGCAUGGAGUUCAGUUUGUGGAUCAUUUGGUUCAUUUUGUCACAAGAUCAAAGCAUCAUUAGCUAUCACAUUUGUUGCUGUGAUUUGCUAUAUUUUGCUUUCACUUAUUUCCUCUUAUAGGCUAUUUAGCAAAUAUGAUUCACCAUCAUCACAAGUCAACAACUCCAACAAGGACAUUGCUGCUUUCAAUGGUUGAUCCUCAAAUAUUUUGCUUGUAAUGUAAUGUGUACAUUAAUUAUGUCCAAGUGAUUUGGCUUAAAGUGCCUCUAAACUGAAUAGCUUUAACAGUGUGCUUUUGAAUGUCGGGUAACUCUGAGUGUAAUGAUCUAAACUUGUUUUUUUUC